CACAUUCCUGCCGCCAUUCUGUAAACAAACAGCCGCCUGGUGUCGUGUCCUCCCGGGCCGUGGUGCCGCGCUGGUCCGCUCCUCAAACACUCCAGAAGAAGACGAGAAGGUUGUCAGCGCCUUAAUACUCAAGCAGAGUUAAUAAGUGGCAGUUAUAAGUGCUCAGUGACCACACACUUAACGAGGAAGACUGGUUACCUGGCAGGAGUAGGAACACUGCACCGGGCCGCCGUGUGUUGGGCAGCGGUGCAGGCCGGAGCAGGCCGCCCGCCGAGGAGUCAGGCCCUGCAGGUUGCGCGGCGCCGCGGCCAUGCACAACAAGGUCAAGAUCCUGGUGGUGGGGCCGCCCGAGUGCGGCAAGACAACACUGACCAACUUUCUGAGUGAGGCGGGUGAGGUUGGAGGUGGAAGUUACCGUCCCACCAAAGGGUGUCGCAUUGUUGAGUUUGAGAUCCCCAACUUGAAUGUCAACAACAUGACCACCAAAGUUGAGGUGGAGCUGUGGGAUGUGAGUGGGGACAGAAGAUUUGAGAGUUGCUGGCCAACCAUCCAGAGGGGUAGCAAUGGGGUCGUGUUUGUGUACAAUCCCGGGCGAGAGGACCAGGCGCGGAUGUUAGACUCCCUGUACAACCAGUUUGCUGCACAGCAUGGAGUGAGGGAGGCUCAGUGUGUUGUUUUCUGCCACUACAAGCCAGGGCUUCAGGGCAAAGGAGCAAAGCUUUCGAAUGCGUUCAGCAAGAUUCCAGUGAUUGACACUCAGCUGGAGGAGGACAGCGGGAGUGUUCGCAGGGAUUUCAAUACCUUUGUUGCGUCUGUUUUGAGUCACGUGUCAGCUGCUGCAGAAAAUUCUAUUUUGAUGUGAUUCGCUCACCACCUUGCCUCUUAUCAGAUAUAUAUACUCGUAUAAUAGAAAUUGCUAUGUUACAUGUAGCAGAACUAAUUGCAACAUUUUGUUGUUUUUUCUUACUGAAAUACACUUUUUAAGGAACAGUUGGGCAGAGAGAGAUUGCAUAGCAUUCUGGAGAAAGUUUUGUCAGUUUUUGAGAGAUGGUGUUGACAUAAACAUUUUGCUUCACAUUCAGUGUCAGCAAGUAUUGACUAAUGCCCCAGCAGAUUGUCAUUAAAGGCAGGCAUUUUGUAGUUGAUAUUUCACGAGGCAUAAUAACGUCAUAUACACUUACCAUAAUGAUAGCAAUGCAUGACCAAGUGUGAGGACAUAUUCAAAGUCAUAGGUAUUUAUACACAUAUGUUUUAUUUGAACUCUAGUCAUUAUAAACUAGGUGCCUGAUUAAUCCGUCCAAAUAAAGUACAGUAUAUUU